AUGGCCGAAACAUGGGUUGUGGUCGGUGCCUCCAGAGGUAUCGGCUUGGAGUUCGUGAAGCAACUUCUAGGUCUUGGCCACAAUGUGAUAGCCGGUGUCCGAAACCCGUCUGGAGCAGAGGAGCUCUCGAAGUUGAUUUCUAGCCAAUCGAAACCAGAACGUUGUUUGGUCGAACAAUGUGAUGUAACGAGCGAGGACAGCAUCAACAACUUCGUUAUCAAAGUGGGCGAGGCCGCUCAACGUGGGAUGAUUGUGAAGAAUGUUGUCCUGAAUGCCGGCGUGCUCAAGUAUCCCAAUCGAGCAACAGAAAUUUCCUUUUCGGACUUUACCCUUCAUUUGCAUACUAAUACCAUCGGGCCCAUUCUCUGCGCACAGAAACUAAUUAAAUUGAACCCUGAACAUCCGCCUUCAAAGGUAGUUUUUAUCUCCUCUGAUUCCGGAUCGACAGCCUUGUUUCGAAGUCAUGAGGAUGGGUUCGGGGCAUAUGGUGCGAGCAAAGCUGCGCUCAAUCAGAUGCUGAGGCACAUGGCGGCAGAGCUGGAACGCUGCGGUGGAGGCCGGAGUAAAACUACGAUUCUUGCUAUGCACCCUGGUGAAGUUGAAACUGAUAUGGCCAAUGUCGAGCUAGGAUGGCAGGUGGAUGGUACAAUUCAGCCCCCUGAAAGCGUGAAGGGGAUGCUCCAGGUGGUUGAAGAAAAAGAUGAGAAAGAUAAUGGUACAUUUUGGUGCUGGGAUGGCCGGAGCCACCCCUGGUAA